CGUCACAAUCUGAGAUUGCUCGGAUAAAGUUAUUAAAUCCUUUGGUGGUAACUUAAUUAUCAUUAAUUAAUAACUUAUCAGAUAACAUAUAAUAUUAUACUCGGAUUAUUAAAUCAGACAAAAACACUCAAUUAGUAGAUUGGUUCCAGUGGCCACGACGAUGCGGCCAGCCACGGUUAUACUUUUGUGCGUAGCUUUAGCUGCGGCAUCGGCGUAUAAGAAUCCAUACUAUGCUGCUGGCAGAUCAGUGAACGUUCAUCUGUUCGAGUGGAAAUGGGAUGACAUUGCAGAUGAGUGCGAACGCUUCCUAGGCCCUCGAGGCUUUGGUGGAAUCCAGAUUUCCCCGCCCAAUGAGAACGUGGUGCUCUGGGCCUACAACAGACCAUGGUGGGAGCGCUACCAGCCGAUGUCUUACAAGUUGGUGACGAGGUCCGGCAAUGAGCAGCAGUUUGCUAACAUGUUGAGGAGGUGCAAUGAUGUUGGAGUCAGGAUCUAUGUAGACGCCGUCAUCAACCACAUGACGGGAGAGCCUGCUGAGAACGUGGGCACGGCUGGAAGUACGGCUAUCUUCAACCAGUGGAACUACCCAGGAGUCCCCUACACCCAGGAGCAUUUUAACUGGCCGCCGUGCGGCAUCGAUGGCAUGGACUAUGUCAACAAUGCCUGGCGGGUGCGCAAUUGCGAACUUGUUGGCCUGAAAGAUUUGAACCAAUCCAUCGAGUACGUUAGAAACAAAAUCGUCGAUUUCAUGAACGAACUCAUCGACUUGGGUGUGGCCGGAUUCAGGAUUGACGCAGCCAAACACAUGUGGCCCGAAGACCUUCGCAUCAUCUACGACCGUCUUCACAACUUGAACACAGCUCACGGUUUCCCAGCCAACGCUCGUCCUUACAUCUACCAAGAAGUUAUUGACUACGGAGGUGAAGCUGUCACUAGAGAAGAAUACACUCCCAUUGGAGCAGUCACUGAGUUCAAAGUUGGCAUGGAACUUAGCAAUGCUUUUAGAGGAAGAAACCAGUUGAGAUGGCUAUCGACUUGGGGUCCUCAAUGGGGUUUAUUACCGCAUAGUGAUGCUUUGACGUUCAUAGAUAAUCACGAUAAUGAAAGAGGCCAUGGCGGUGGUGGUGCUAUGCUCACCUAUAAAGAGCCAAGACCGUACAAAGGAGCAAUUGCGUUUUUACUAGCUCACCCAUAUGGAGAGCCUCAGAUCAUGAGCAGCUUCGAUUUCUGGGACUCUGAAGUUGGACCACCAAUGAACAGUCAAGGGGAUAUUAUUUCGCCUUCCAUUAAUUCGGACGGCACCUGCGGCAACGGCUGGAUCUGUCAGCACCGUUGGCGUCAGAUCUACGCCAUGGUGGCCUUCAGGAACGCCGCCGGAGACACCGGCAUGAACGACUGGUGGGACAAUGGAAGCAACCAGAUUGCAUUCUGCAGAGGGGGCAAUGCUUUCAUCGCUUUUAACAACGAUUAUUGGGACUUGAAUCAGAAUUUACAGACCUGUCUGCCAGCCGGCAACUAUUGCGAUGUCAUAUCAGGCAACAAAGUGGGCAACUCCUGCCAGGGCAAGACUGUGACCGUGGGCAAUGAUGGGCGAGCUAAUAUUCACGUGGGGGCCCAGGAUUAUGACCUGAUGCUGGCCAUCCAUAUUGGGCCAGAGAGUCGACUAUAACGAAAUUACCUCUACCAGAUCGAGAAAGAUAGCAUGAACAGGAUUGUAAUAAAAAAAAUUACUCU